GAGGAUUUUAUUUUGACAUUUCAAACCGGAAGUGUUUUCUGCAGGAGUUUUGACGCGCAACACCAGCAGCCUGACCCACACCGGUCAGUUUGUCUUAGAAAUUUCGGGAGGAUAUUUGGUUGUUAUGCAGUCAUAUCGGGCUUAGUUUGAGCUAUUACCCAUUUAAAAGCGGUUAAAAUGGGUAAAAAGGACAAAGGAGACCGGGAAAAAAAGUCCAAGAAGCGUUUCUAUGAGGAAGAAGAUGAUGAAGAAGAGGCGGUGGGGAGCGAGUCUCAAGAGGCCAUACCUGCUGCUGCAGGAAAACAAGUGGACGAGUCUAGUACAAAACUAGAUGAAUAUGGAGCCAAAGAUUACCGUGCUCAGAUGCUGUUAAAAAAUGAUCACUCCUCACGUCCACUCUGGGUGGCUCCAGAUGGACACAUCUUUCUGGAAGCUUUUUCUCCAGUGUAUAAAUAUGCCCAGGAUUUCUUGGUGGCCAUUGCAGAGCCAGUAUGCAGACCUAACCAUAUCCAUGAGUACAAGCUAACUGCCUACUCCUUAUAUGCAGCUGUCAGUGUGGGGCUCCAGACCUCUGAUAUUGUGGAGUAUCUGCAGAAGCUCAGCAAGACAUCUGUACCUGAUGGAAUCGUGCAAUUCAUAAAGCUCUGCACAGUGAGCUACGGCAAAGUCAAGCUGGUGCUCAAGCACAAUAGGUAUUUUGUUGAGAGUGCCUUCCCUGAUGUGAUCCAGCGACUUCUGCAAGACAAUGUGAUCCGUGAAUGUCGUCUCCGCGCUGCAGAUGGAACAGAUGCUGAGCUUAUUACUGAAGUCAUCCACAGCAAGUCAGCGAUUUCUAAGUCUGUUCAAGAAAAAGAAGGCACUUCCAGCUCACAGCAGCCCAGUGAUGGGGAAACCUCAACCCAGCAGGUCCCUGAGGACAUCUUCAGCUACUAUGAGCAGAUGGAUAAAGAAGAAGAGGAGGAAGAGGAGACUCAGACUGUGUCCUUUGAAAUUCGCCAGGAGAUGAUUGAAGAGCUGCAGAAGCGUUGUAUUCAGCUGGAGUACCCCCUCCUGGCAGAGUACGACUUCCGCAAUGACACAGUCAACCCCGACAUCAACAUAGACCUUAAGCCCACGGCUGUGUUGAGGCCCUAUCAGGAAAAGAGUCUACGCAAAAUGUUUGGAAACGGUCGCGCCCGCUCAGGAGUCAUUGUGCUGCCAUGUGGAGCGGGUAAAUCCCUGGUCGGGGUGACAGCGGCCUGCACGGUGCGCAAACGCUGCCUGGUGCUGGGUAAUUCCUCUGUAUCUGUGGAGCAGUGGAAGUCCCAGUUCAAGAUGUGGUCCACUAUUGACGACUCUCAGAUCUGCCGCUUCACUUCUGAUGCGAAGGACAAGCCUAUAGGUUGCUCGGUGGCCAUCAGCACCUACUCCAUGCUGGGUCACACCACCAAGCGCUCCUGGGAAGCUGAAAGGGUCAUGGAGUGGAUGCGGAGCCAAGAGUGGGGUCUCAUCAUACUGGAUGAAGUUCACACUAUCCCUGCAAGGAUGUUUCGUCGUGUCCUGACUAUAGUCCAGGCCCACUGCAAACUUGGCCUCACUGCCACAUUGGUCAGAGAGGAUGAUAAGAUUGUGGACCUCAAUUUCCUAAUUGGACCAAAGCUAUACGAGGCCAACUGGAUGGAACUGCAGAACAAUGGCUACAUUGCUAAAGUCCAGUGUGCAGAGGUGUGGUGCCCGAUGUCUCCGGAGUUUUACAGAGAGUACGUUGCCAUUAAGACAAAGAAGCGGAUCCUGCUUUACACGAUGAACCCCAAUAAGUUCCGUGCGUGUCAGUUUCUCAUUCGCUUCCAUGAGCGACGGAAUGACAAAAUCAUUGUGUUUGCUGAUAACGUGUUUGCCUUGAAAGAAUAUGCCAUUCGUCUCAACAAGCCUUACAUCUAUGGUCCGACCUCUCAGGGGGAGCGAAUGCAGAUUUUACAGAACUUCAAACACAACCCCAAGAUCAACACCAUUUUCAUCUCAAAGGUUGGAGACACUUCAUUUGACUUGCCAGAAGCAAAUGUGCUGAUCCAGAUCUCGUCCCACGGUGGAUCACGCAGACAGGAGGCCCAGAGACUUGGGAGAGUCUUAAGAGCCAAAAAAGGAAUGGUGGCAGAAGAGUACAAUGCAUACUUCUAUUCACUGGUGUCCCAGGAUACCCAGGAAAUGGCUUACUCCACCAAGAGGCAGAGGUUUCUCGUGGACCAGGGAUACAGCUUUAAGGUAAUCACAAAGCUGGCAGGUAUGGAGGAAGAGGACUUGAUGUUCUCCACCAGAGAUGAGCAACAGCAGCUGCUUCAGAAGGUCCUCGCUGCUUCUGACAUAGAUGCCGAGGAGGAGGUGGUGGCAGGGGAGGUGGGCGCACGACCUCAGUUCUCAAGGCGAACCGGCACCAUGAGCUCCAUGUCCGGAGCAGAUGACACCAUCUACAUGGAAUAUCAGAGCAGAAGCAGCAAAGCCCUUGCAGCGGGCAAAAGCGUUCAUCCACUGUUCAAGCGCUUCAGAAAGUAGAUCUACGUGCUUGACACCUUGAUACCUAAAAACGUUCUGUGCUGUAAUGGGCAGUAAGACAAAACUGGGGCAUUGAAGUAUGCAUUAAAGAGCAGUGUUACGACCCGUCUAGGGCCAGGCCAUAACAUGAGCGAGGCACUCGCUUCCCCCCCAAGACCCAAGCAGUCACACGAACAAGCAGGUUUGAAGCCCAGCUGAACUCCAUCGCGUCUGAAUGGAGCAAUGAUCAGGGAUAAUGUGUCACUAAGUGGUAAAGCUUUUUGAUGUCUGUAAAUUGGAUGGCUACUUGCAUAUGACAUAUAAAUCACAUUAGCUUUGUAAGCAGCAAAAGAUCAGCUCUUAGUCUUUUGGCAUCUAAAUGAAUAAACCAUCUUAUUUACUGUUGGAUAACACAGGUUAUCUAAUGGUAAAAAAUUUGACUAAUGCUGCCUUGACCUGCAUGAGGACACGUUUGUUAUUUUGUAGCUAAUUCUCAUAUGCUGGUUAACAGCAUAGCUUUUUGUAAAGUUGACUAGAAUGUGUAUAAAGCUGCUCCUGAAAGCCAACCACACAGAUAUGUUUUAUGUCAGUUAAUUCUGUAAAAUGUUAUUAAAUAUGUUUUGUAAAAUGAA